CUGCUGGCCAUUCUUGUAUAUAUGUGUGGGGCAGUGAGUUCUCAUUUAUAAUAAAGCUGGAGAAGAAAACAGAGAGUACCAUGGCAGAAGAAGUGAAGCUCUUCAGGAACUGGUCAAGCCCAUAUGGUUUGAGAGUGUUGUGGGCACUAAAACUGAAGGGUAUUGAGUAUGAAGAAGUACUUGAAGAUCUUUCCAACAAGAGUCCUUUGCUUCUGCAGUAUAAUCCUGUUUACAAGAAGAUCCCUGUACUUGUUCAUAAUGAAAAACCCAUCUGUGAAUCUGUUCUCAUUCUUGAAUACCUGGACGAGACUUGGAAACAAAAUCCACUGCUUCCUGAAGAUCCUUACCAACGAGCUAAGGCUCGCUUCUGGGCUAAGUUCAGUGAUGAGAAGAUCUUGCCAACAAUUAGAUUUGUUGCUCUCACAAAGCAAGGAAAAGAACAGGAAGAAGCAAUUCUUUCAAUCAUAGAGAGCUUGAAAUAUUUGGAAGAAGAGCUAAAAGGAAAGAAAUUCUUUGGAGGAGAGACCAUUGGACUAGCAGAUCUUGCAUUGGGUUGGAUUGCUUAUUAUAUGGAUGUACUUGAGGAGGUAAUUGGUAUAAAAGUGAUAGACCAAGAAAAAUUCCCAUUAUUAGUGGCAUGGAUCCAAGAAUUCUCAAAUAUCCCGGUGAUCAAGAAAAGUUGGCCUCCAAGAGACAAACUCUAUGAUAGGUAUGUUGGCUUUCGUAGGGCUGCCCUUGGAGAAGAAACACCAAAAUGAACCCAUGCAAUAUGGAAAUUCCAAUAGAAUUGUAUUAAUAUUAUGAAAUACUUAUCAAGAAUAAACACAUCCUUUAGGGGUGAUUGUGUAUUA